AUGGCGAGCAGCAAAGCGGGUUAUUUCGAGGAUUUCCAGACAACGAAAAUAAUCAAAGUAGUGGAACUGAUUUCUGAUGACGAGCUUGCCGCACAAGAAGAAAUAUACGAUGAUUUCGAAAAUCUAUACAAUUUUGUGUCGAUUAUUGUUGAAGAUUUGAUAUUGACUGCCAAGGAUGAAAAUUCUAUUUCGAUGAAUAAGCCGCAAGUAAUAAUUCAGCAACAGCCAUUGAAAGUGCCAAUUCCUACUUUCGAUGGAAGUUAUUCAGCCUGGCCUAAAUUCAAAGCUAUAUUUCAAGAUCUGAUGGCGAUGUCAGGUGAUUCCGACGUCAUUAAAUUAUUUCACCUCGAUAAGGCUCUCAUCGGAUCCGCUGUUGGUGCACUUGACGCGAAAAUAAUGAGCGAGGGUAACUAUGAUCAAGCAUGGGCAGUGUUGACAGAACAAUAUGAAAAUCAACGAGUGAUUGUCGAGUCAUACAUCCGAGGACUAUUUAGUCUGCCCAAGAUGUCAACAGAAUCAUGCAAAGAUUUACGAACCCUGCUUGAUGAAGCAACCCGUCAUGUUGAGAGUCUUCGUUACCUACAACAACAUCUCGCUGGUGUAUCCGAACACAUGGUUGUGUAUUUGGUCGUCAAUGCACUUGAUAGGCCCACACGCAAAGCUUGGGAAUCAAGUUUGAGGAAAGCCGAGCUGCCGAAAUACGAACCGACGAUUGCGUUUCUCAAAUCCAGAUGCCAGAUCCUCGAAAACUGUGAAAAUGCAACUCAGUCGUCAGGAUUACAACCGAAAUCGAAAACUGUUCCUGUUACUGCGAAAUUACCGACAACUAGGAGCCAUGCAGUCGUUACAAAACCUGCCGAAAUAAAUACCAUCGUCAACGCUUGUGCUUUCUGUGGUGGACAGCACAUGAAUUCCCAGUGCAACAAAUUAAAUAAUUUAUCCGCAGCUCAGAAGAAUGAAAAGAAGCAACACCACACACAACUACACGGUGAUACAGAAGCUGUAAAUCGCAAUCUGAACUUGAAUGCCGCUAUUUCAAGAGAACACCAACCGCCAGCUGCUGCUCCGAAACCAGUCACAAGAAAAGUACCAAUUUCUACGACCUGUUCCUGCAACUGUACACAGGAUAUGAAAACGGUACUGCUGCUCACAGCAGUGGUUCACGUCUUUGACAGGAAUAAUCAUCCGCACCUGUGUCGCGUUCUGCUAGGCAGUGGAUCACAGGUUAACUUCAUCACCGAACAGAUGGCUGACCGUUUAGGUAUUCCGAAGAAAAGCGCAAAUAUUUCGAUUACUGGAAUCAACGCUCUACGAACACUCGCACGCGAUAAGGUUACUGUACAUUUCCGCUCCCGCAACAGUGAAUACCGAAACCAAAUAGAAUGUUUGAUAACACCGAAAGUGACUGGAACGAUACCCACAAGUAAAAUUGAUAUCACACGUUGGAAGAUUCCGAAUGGAUUUGCACUAGCUGACCCAGAGUUUCAUUUGCCAGCCAAAGUGGAUUUGCUGAUUGGUGCAGAGCUGUUCUUCGAACUGAUGAAACCCGAACAAUUGAACCUCGCUGAGAAUUUACCGCAACUACGAGAGACUUGCCUAGGAUGGAUUGUAGCUGGUGUCGUCGAUAAUUCAUCAUCAGGUACAUUACAGCAUUCAAAUCUAGCCUCUAUUGAUGACAUCGAAAGCAGAAUGCACCGAUUUUGGGAAAUCGAAGAUGUUCCGAACAAACGACUUGCACGGGAUUCCAAUCUACGAACUCAAUAUCAAGAUUUCAUCCGUGAAUAUGAAGACCUUGGACAUUGCCAGGAAGUUACACCAACCAACGAAACACCGAAUCAAAGCAAGUAUUACAUGCCACAUCACGCAGUUUUACGUCCGACUAGUAGUAGCACUAAGUGCAGAGUAGUGUUUGACGCGAGUGCUAAAUCGUCUCCAACAGCCCUAUCGCUUAAUGACGUCCUAAUGCUCGUCGAAGACGAAUCCGCCGAAACACCUUCUGCAGCUCGCGUUCUGCAAGAAGACUUUUAUAUGGAUGACGCACUGUCUGGUGCAGACACAAUCGACGACGCCGUUGAUAUUCAGCAAGAGUUGCAGAAGUUGCUGAGCAAAGGUGGUUUCACCAUACAUAAAUGGUGCUCCAACUCCGAAGAUUUUUUAUCUAACAUCCCAGAAGAAUGCCGCGAGAAACAAAUGCCGAUUCCGGAAUAUGGAGCAAACGAAGCGAUUAAGUUGCUUGGAUUACUGUGGGAUCCACGAAAUGACAAAAUCUUCAUCAAAUAA